UGCAGCCGGAGCCUAUUGUUAGCCGGAGCCGGGUCGGUUCUGGUCUUUGCUGCCGGGGAGCCGGAGUGCAGAGCCGCCCGCCCCCCGCCGCCUGCCAGCCGGCCCACACGCCCUGUAGUCCCGGGAGCCACGCGACGGGCCCGGGAGCCAGCACACCUCGGGCUCCCAUCUUUGCACACGGGCUGAGUAGACAGCGGGGGCGGCGGAGACGGUGACGGGCGAAGCGGCUGCGGCGGGGCCGAGUCCUCAUGCUCCUGGCUACCUGGUGGUGAGCAGCUUGGGGCCAUCGUGGUUGGCUCCCGGAGGAAAACUUUGGAAGCCAAUGGAUGCGUUCUCAGGCUCAGGCCUCAAGAGGAAAUUCGAUGAUGUGGACGUGGGCUCGUCAGUCUCCAACUCAGAUGAUGAGAUGUCCAGCAGUGAUAGUGCGGACAGCUGUGACAGCCUUAACCCUCCUACCACUGCCAGCUUCACACCGACAUCCAUCCUGAAGCGGCAGAAGCAGCUACGGAGGAAGAAUGUUCGCUUCGACCAGGUGACUGUGUACUAUUUCGCCCGGCGACAGGGUUUUACCAGCGUGCCCAGCCAGGGUGGAAGCUCUUUGGGAAUGGCCCAGCGCCAUAACUCUGUACGCAGCUACACCCUUUGUGAGUUUGCACAAGAACAGGAGGUGAACCAUAGAGAGAUUCUUCGUGAGCACCUGAAGGAGGAGAAACUUCAUGCCAAAAAAAUGAAGCUGACGAAGAACGGGACUGUGGAGUCGGUGGAGGCCGACGGCUUGACCCUCGAUGAUGUUUCAGAUGAAGAUAUCGAUGUAGAAAAUGUGGAGGUGGAUGACUACUUCUUCCUUCAGCCCCUCCCCACCAAACGGCGGCGGGCCUUGCUGAGGGCUUCUGGGGUGCACCGGAUUGAUGCUGAAGAGAAGCAAGAACUUAGAGCCAUCCGCCUGUCUCGGGAAGAGUGUGGCUGUGACUGUCGGCUAUACUGUGACCCUGAAGCAUGUGCCUGUAGCCAGGCCGGGAUUAAAUGCCAGGUGGAUCGAAUGUCCUUUCCUUGUGGCUGCUCCAGGGACGGCUGUGGAAACAUGGCUGGGAGAAUUGAGUUUAAUCCGAUCCGAGUGCGGACUCACUACCUCCAUACUAUCAUGAAGCUGGAGCUGGAGAGCAAACGACAGGUGAGUCGCCCAGCAGCUGCUGAGGACGAGCCCCUGGCGGGAGCCCAGAGCUCAGAGACACAGGACUUCCAGGAGUUCAUCGCUGAGAAUGAGACCGCGGUGAUGCAUCUGCAGAGUGCAGAGGAACUGGAGCGGCUCAAGGCCGAGGAGGACUCGAGCGGCUCUAGCGCUAGCCUGGACUCCAGCAUGGAGAGCCUGGGCGUGUGCAUCCUGGAGGAGCCCCUGGCUGUUCCCCAGGAACUGUGUCCAGGCCUUGCGGCCCCCAUUCUCAUCCAAGCUCAGCUGCCCCCAGGUUCCUCCGUCCUGUGUUUUACCGAGAACUCAGAACACCCAGCUGCCUCCCCAAUGAGCAGCCCGUCUUACUUGAACAGUGGACCUCUGGUGUACUACCAGGUAGAGCAGAGGCCGGUCGUGGGAGUGAAAGCGGAGUCUGGUUCAGAGGAAGGCACAGCCUCCUUCCCCAAGGAGAAAGACCUAAGUGUUUUCUCCCUCCCUGUUACCUCGCUGGUGGCUUGCAGCCCUUCAGACUCAGCUGUCCUUUGUAAACCAGAGGUGGGGAAAGCACCCAGUCUCAACAAACUCUUACCCGACGACUGUAACCGUAAGGAGCCUGAGAGUGAAGACUUGCACCCCUCUUGGUCUCCCUCAAGCCUACCCUUCCGAACGGACAAUGAAGAAGGCUGUGGAGUGCAGAACUCCCAGCAGAGUGAGGACCGGACCCCUGAAGACUCAGCCCUAGAACUCCCUCUGGCAGUGUGACCGGAGAUACAUUGUCCAUUCUCUAUUUAUUAUCUAACGCCAUUUCAAAACAAGACUGCUGCUCCCAGGUUAUUUUGUUGGAAGUCUUAGGAAAAUGGGUAGGAAAGGGUUGUUAGUCCAUGUGUUUUCUGAGAGAGCGUUCCCAGGAGACCAGCCCCAGCUGCAGUGGCCAUUACUGUGCUCUCUGGGCCACCAGAACAAAGCUGUCCAUCACAGAGUGAGCUGGGCAGCCCAAGCAGCUUCCUGCACCACACACUGGCUCAGACAUCCUGUCGUCUUGUAGCAGCCACACUAGUGGAAAGGGUACUCAGCUCAGUCUAGAGCAGAGGGGAGGCCCCAGAAGAGUCUCUGCUUCUGUACAAAGCUCCAAGGAGCUCUAAACAUUUAUUCUGCCUCCCCCAACCCCUUAACUGGUAAUAAGUUAAUUUCCAACGAGUUUGGUGUUCCCUAACCUGAUCUGCAAACUGGGGAGCUCUGGUCUGAACCUGAAUUCUUUCUUUCAUAUGUGCUUCUGUUACUAGAGUGAAACCUCUCUCUUGGAAGGUGAAAUGCAGGCUGGGUAGGGAUGUGGUACAGAGUGAGGCUUGUGCAUUGUGCAGGGUCCAGUAUGGAACAAUCUGGAAGAUGGCUUUAUCGAGCUUGCUCUCACCUAGUGCACCAUACACGCACGCACACACACACACUCCUUUUGGGAGGUCUUGGCUCUGAAUGGAAUGUGCACUGCAGUACAGGUCAUCUCGACUUCGGACUCUCCCUCUGUACCUGUCCUCACGGCCAUUCUUGGUUGUGUGGGUUAGAAAGCUCUUUGGAGCUUACAGCUCAGUCCCAGGAGGGGCAGGUGUUUAUUGGAACCUUCCAUCUUGGAGACUCAUGAGAACUGGAAGUCAGACUGCUUCUUAGUUAUGACAUAGAAGUCCCGCAUUCCGGAGGAUUCAGGAUCUCAUUACAUUAAUGCAGUGGAUGCCUGGGACUCAGGCUCAGCCCUUACCUCAGCAGAAGGCUGGUCCUCUCCUGAGCUCCCCAGGCAGCACUGACUCUUUUAUUGGCAAUGUUACCUCCUGGUUAAAUGGAGGCAGUAGGAGCAAAACACCUUUUUUCUUAUCAUUCUUUACUAACCAGGAAAGAAAAACAAGCUUUUCUUUUUAAAGGCAGUGUGUUGCUAAAUAGCCCUGGCUGGCCUAGGACUUGCUGUGUAGACCAGGCUGGCCUUCAACUUGUGGCAGCCCUCCUAAUCAUGCAUCCUGAGUGUUGGGACUGCAUGUGUGCCUCUCUUCACUUGGUUUUAUCUAUUUAUUUAUUUUUGGUGAGAUAAUAAGGCCCUGGUGUCAAACAAACUUCAGUGUAUGUGGCAGCAGGAACAUCUGAAAAAUCCCUAAAUGCUAAGCCGGGAGAACCUUGUAUUUAACAUGGAUGCUGGUGUUUCGCCCAUCCUGCCCAUGUCCCUUCUUGGGUUUGCUCGGUGUUUUGCUGUUGUUGUGGGGUCUUAGGUGAGUGCAUAGGCUCCCUCUCCAGUCUCACUACAGUUAUCUAAGAGGUAAAAGUGUUCUCACCCCUGGCUAGAACUCUCAGACUCAAAAACUCAAGCUUGGCUGAGACUGUUGAUGGAAAGGAGCAUCUCUUUGAAAGUUUAUUGGACAAGAGGGUACUCAGCCCUCCCCUCCUUAAGACUCCAACUUUCUUAGUCCUUAGAUUUGGAUUUUCAUUAAAAAACAUAAAGACUAGCCUACCCCAAGAUAUUUGAUAUUUCUGUAUAACUUAUUUCUUAUUCUAAAUGCAUUUCAUUAAUUCCAUGGUGAUUCAAACUGAUCCCAACUUCUGAGUGCUAAAUUUAGUGUUGACUAAUGUCAGGCAAAGAACCUCUUCUACAACUUAGUCCAUCUCAGUUCUGGUGCUACCUGAGUUGGUUGCCGGGAAGGCUGGGCCUGUGUCACAGACUCAGAGCCACUCCCUCAGUCUAGGCCUAGAACUGUGGUGCACUGCUGCAGCUCGUGGACACUCCUCGGGUUCUGCACACGGGUCAGACUCUCAAUGUGAACCCAAAGCUUGUCUAGCUCUCUGAAAACAACUUUCGCUCUUUAGGUUCUUUACAUUGUAAUAAUGCUGUAUUUAAAGAGAAUAUUUAAAUGUAAUAUUAAAGAAAUAUUGAAAAUAA